AUGAUUCUAUUUUUGCGUUCCCAGAACAAAGACAUGGAUAAAGGAGGUGAAAGUCCUACGCCAAGCGAGCAGGAUUCUGAUGAUAACAAUGAAGAGGACUUUGUGGAAAAUGAAGAAACACAGCAGCAAGGAGAGAGACAAAUGAUAGCAACUACGUCAUUCCUGGCUGGUGAAAAUCCAGUUACGGCGCAUGACCCUGGGAGUGAUCGUAGGCCUCCAAUACAGGAGACUGGUGAUGGUCAAAAGCUGUAUCAACAACAACCAGCAAAGGUUGGUUUAAAUCCAAAUAUCAUGGCUUAUGAUUCAGAUGCCGAUCCUGAUUUGGAAGAAGAAUUAGGAGGAAUAAUUAUUGGGCAGAGUGAUGGCAAUGGUCAGGUGGAGAUCUUGGUGAUGUCAGUUAAGACCUCUCCAGCCAUUGUAAAUGGACUUUGAACUUUUUCUAACUAUAAUUUAAAGAAACGCUGGCGGCUCGUCCAAUUUGGCAAAAUUUCCAAACAUCACAAGUACUAUUAAUCCCUAAUUGCACAAGCAACGUCGCAUGAUUAUUUGUUUAUUAUUAGCAUGACGAAAUUGGAGAAUUCUCAAUGUCAACAUCAUAAAAGCCCAGUCCUGGCAGACUUUCAACCAAAAUUUGGUGUCUUUGCUCGUAUUUUCAUUUAGUUCGUUUGCUUUAAGUUCAUCUAGGGCAAUUUCAUCAGUGUUUAAAUACCUUUCCGCCAUUUUGUUUGUUUGGGAAAAUCAUUAAUUGUACUGCAGUACAAUUAAUUAAAUAAUUGUACUCCUCUCAACCAAUCAGCAUGUAGUAAUUUUGUCAUGCUAAAACUGUAAUAAGUAUAUUUAAUAAUAAUGAAAUAUUGCAUGUAAGUAUAUAAUUAGAUUGGUAUUGUAAUUAAAUAACGCAUACAUGCAACUACUUUUAGCACACAUUAAAUAUGUAAAAAGCAAGAUGUUUUAUCAUGAAGUGUGUUUAGCUAUGCAGUAGGGAAGUUAAGGCCGAGGAACUUUUAUGAAACAUUUCUUGUUUCGACACAUGUACUGUAGAGUGAUUGGACGAUAGUUGUAAAUAUUAUUUUGGCAUAAAAUUUGUACUAAAAUAAUAAAUAUGUACAUAUCAAAAAGGCAAGAUACACAUUUGUCUUUGUUGUUGUGAGGGCUACAAUGCUUUUCAAUUCUGAGACUUAAAUAGUGCCAGAGCCCCCCCCCCCCUCCCUCCCCCCCGUAAUAUGGAUGGAUCAACUUUAUUUAAACACAACAAUCUUUUCAACUAAUGCUGGUUUCCAAAAAAGGUGUGUACUACUAUGAUUUACAAAAAUAGAAUAAAUCCCUCCCCUCAUUAAUUACCUAUGUAUGUUCAUUACUGAUUUCAUAAAUUAUAUACAGUAAAUAUUAUGAAUUUGUUAACUAAUAGCACUAUAGAUUAGUGAAGAACUCUAAGAAUAUUACUACUAUAAUUUAAGCAUGAUGAUUGUUAAAUGAAAAGGUUUACAGGCAAUGAAUGGCGGAUGAAUUGCUACAGUAAGUACCAAAGCUGCUACAACAAUUUUCCAACCAUGAAUUAAGAAAGCAUUUUGGCAGGUACAGCAGCAAAACAAUGGUAAUAUUAUUUAGAUGUAUGUCUGGCUGUUGUUUUAUGUGCGGAACCCCGAAACGUUCAGUAACAUCUUAAAAAGUGCAUGACAUCAUCGUGCUCACCUCUAGAAAACGACCAGAAUUCUGGUCUGUCCGUUUGGAGUCUGUUACGAAUGAACCGAUCAAAAAAUCAAAUUUACCGAUCAGAUAG